AUGAGGUCGAUUGCCGCCUUUCUGCUCGCCCUCGGGCUACCCGUCUCUUCUGCGCCCACGCCGGGCCUUGCGAAGAGGACCAGUAGGACAAGCGCUCCAUCAGGCUGUCUGACUGUCGGAUCAGGUGCAACUUACCAGACGGUGUCAAGUGCACUCAGCGCGCUUGGGACAAGCUCGACUGCUGAUGCUUGCAUCUUCAUCAGCGAGGGGACCUACGCCGAGCAGCUGACCAUCACAUACAAGGGCGCCCUGACGCUUUACGGGUCUACAGAAGACACGGGCAGCUACAAGUCGAAUACAGUGACCAUCAGCCACAGCAUCAAGUCAGCCGACGCCGGCUCUCUCGACGCCAGUUCGACCGUCAACGUCAAGGCCGACGGAUUCAAGAUGUACAACAUCAAUGUCGUCAACGGCUACGGGGCUGGAGCGCAAGCUGUCGCGCUCACGGCCAACGCCGACAAGCUCGGCUUCUACGGGUGCCAAUUCAAGAGCUACCAGGACACGCUGUAUGCCAAGAAGGGGACGCAGUACUACUCGAACUGCUACAUAGAAGGCGCAGUGGACUACAUCUUCGGGGCGGCCAGCGCUUGGUUCGGCGAGUGCACGGUGGCGUCGAGCGGCGGCGGGGCCAUCACGGCAAGCUCGCGCGAGACGGCCGACGACGAGUCGUGGUACGUGAUAGACAGCAGCACGGUGACGGCGGCGUCGGGCGUAUCGGGGCUGGCGGAGAAGGUGUACCUGGGAAGGCCGUGGCGGGUGCUCGCGCGAGUCGUGUUCCAGAGGUCGAAGCUGGCGGACAUCGUCAACCCCAAGGGCUGGACGACCAUGGCCGAGGGCGCAACGCCGCUGUUCUACGAGUGGAGCAACGAGGGCGACGGGGCGUCGACGGCGGAGAGGGAAUACGAGAGCAGCCUGGAGGCGGCGGUUAGCCACGCAACGGUGCUGGGCAGCGACUACAACAGCUGGAUCGACGCGAGCUACUGA